AUGUCAGGAGGAAACAUUGACGUGCAGUCCGUGGCAAAAGCCUUUGUGUCGCAGUAUUAUUCUCACCUUCAUAACUGCCCUGAAGUUGUCCAUAAGUUUUAUCAGGAGUCGAGCCUACUAGGAUGGCCAGGGGCUGAUGAUGCAAUUAUAUCAGUGACAACAUUGGAAGGAAUCAAUGAAAAGAUCAUGUCUUCAGAUUACAAGGAAAGGCCUAUGGAGAUAAAAACUGCAGACGCCCAAGAAUCUGUUGGCGGAGGGGUUGUAGUGGCAGUAACUGGUCGUUUCACUGUGGAGGACAAUACGAGAAAGAACUUCACUCAGACUUUCUUCCUGGCCAAACAAGAGAAAGGUUUCUAUGUUUUGAAUGAUAUCUUACGCUUUAUUGACGUAUGCGAGUCACUACCCGAUGUGACCAGCCACAAUACUGAAAAUGAUCAAGCUACUCCUACAUGUGAUUCAGAACCUGCUAAUGUUCCUGAUCACCCUGCAUCUUCGCAUACCGAACCAGUAGUUGUGGAUGGCAUUGUUAAUGGGGCAUCGGGUCCUUCUGUCAUUGAUGAUACUGUUGCUGGAGUUGCUGUUUCUAAACCUUCCAACCCGUCACAGGAGAAUGUGCAUCCAGUUGUUGAAAACCCAGUAAAGGAGAAAGAGGAUGCCAAGAAAGUUACCUAUGCUUCUAUGGUGUCAAAAGCAAGUUCUACUUCUCCAAUCCUUGCACCUGCUUACAAAACUGCAGGAGCUUCUACAAACACUAACCAACAAUUGGUCACCCCUCCAGUACCUAAAUCACCAACUGAACUUGGUGAUAAUACAUUAAAAGUUUCAACUCCUAGCAAUCACGCAUCUAAAUCCCCGACUCUUCCUAGCAAAGUUGGACUUAAGGUCUCGACUCGUAGCAGUAGUCCACCUAAUGCUAAUACCUUUGGAGAAGCUAGAGGAAUAUAUAUUGGAGGAUUGCCUUACCAUAUAACAAAAAAUUCACUCAUAGAAGUCGUUAGUCAAUUUGGGCAAGUCAGACGAAUUAAUGAUUGUGUCCAGAUUAAAAAGCAUGAGGAUGGAUUUUGUUGUGGGUUUGUGGAAUUUGAAUCCUCAGAUGCUGCACACCGUGCAGUCAAGGCUCAUCAUGUUACUUUUGGUGAAAAAGAAGCCUAUAUAAUGUAUAAGAGAUCAAAUCGAGGUGGCAACCGUGAAGGGGCAUCUGCACCAGCAAGAGGUGGUUUUCGAAAUGGCAAUUUCAGGGGAGGGGAAAAUGGUGAAGGUAACAGCUACAGAAACAGAAGGUUUCAGAAUGGAAACCAAACUGGUUUUAGAAAGGGCAAAAAUAGCUCUUCUCAACGUAGCACAGAAGUCGAUCAUUUUACAAGCGAGAAUGGAAGUGAAGGAGUGGCGGCCAGCAACGGAGUCGUGAAUUAA